AUGGGUUUUGUGGCUGCCGUCGCCAUCGGAGCUCGGACCGGUCCCAAAAUGACCGGCCAGCCCCCCUCUACUCACCACGCCCCACAGCAGCCUAGCCGCCGCCGCCUAUUGCCGGAAAAUACGAAAUUUCAGGCCGGUUUUUACCCAGAUUUUCCGGAGCUCGUUCCAGCGAUUCCGUGUACCAAAUCUUGCGAUCAAGGCAUGCUUUCUCACCUAUUUUCCGAGCUCUAG